GAAGCCGGGAGCUGCUGCUGGGGUGCCAGGGCUGUUUCUUCUGAAUCGCAGGGAAGGGGAGGCCAGAGAUCCUCGCUCCUGUCUCCAGAGGGGGAAAGGGCAAGGAUGGUGGAGGCGUUCUGUGGCACCUGGAAGCUGGUUGACAGUCAGAACUUUGAUGAGUACAUGAAGGCUCUGGGCGUGGGCUUUGCCACCAGGCAGGUGGGGAAUGUGACCAAACCGACGGUGAUUAUCAGCCAGGAGGGAGGCAAGGUGGUGAUCAGGACCCAGAGCACGUUCAAGAACACAGAGAUCGGGUUCCAUCUGGGAGAAGAGUUUGAUGAAACCACAGCAGACGACAGAAACUGUAAGUCUGUGGUUAGCCUGGAUGGAGACAAGCUCAUUCACGUACAGAAAUGGGACGGCAAAGAAACAAAUUUUGUCCGGGAGAUUCAGGACGGCGAGAUGGUUAUGACGCUUACUUUUGGUGAUGUGGUGGCUGUCCGCCACUAUGAGAAGGCAUAGAAAAUUCCUGAUCUGGGACAGAGGAAGUCCUUCCAUUUUCCUGCUCACUCAAAUCUCAGAGCAAUCAAUCCUGCUAUUACAGACCGACUGAUCACUAAUUAGAAGGUUAUUCUUGAUGUGCAGCUGGAAGAUGGUGAUUUAAAAGGUGGUAAUUCCAAGCAACUUGCCUAAUUUUAAUCUGUAAAUUUAUCAUGUUUUAUGAGUCAAAUUGAAACUUCAUCAUCUUUUUAAAAUAAAGAAGUGAGUAGUACAUUUUGUAAUUCCCUUUGGAAUGCAAAUCAAAUUGUAAUAAAUAUUUUACAUGUGAAA